AUGCUGCGACACAUACUCACCUCACCCACGCUUUUGCGAGCGAGAAACCUCCGUCGAAGCGGUAGGUUUGCAUCUUCAUCUGUAAUUUUACAGCGUGGAGAUGGCUGCAAAUCUCUUCGUCCGGGCAAUAUAUACAAUAAUUUCAAGCUGGAGCGGGUUGCCACCAUUCCUGAAUAUGGCGUUGACGCUUUGGAACUACGCCAUGAGCCUACAAAAGCCAAAUACUUGCAUCUAGACGCCAAAGAUGCUAACAAUGUCUUUGCAAUUAUGUUUCGUACGCCACCUAGUAACUCGACGGGCGUAGCACACAUUCUUGAGCAUACAACUUUGUGCGGCUCGAAGCGCUUUCCCGUUCGCGAUCCUUUCUUUAACAUGAUCAAGCGAAGUCUUAAUACGUACAUGAACGCACUUACGGGUGUAGACCAUACGAUGUACCCAUUUUCGACAACAAAUGCCAAGGAUUGGUCCAAUCUCAUGAGUGUGUACCUCGACGCGGUCUUCUUUCCAAAGUUGAAUGAGCUCGACUUUUAUCAGGAAGGUCACCGCCUUGAAAUAGAUGAAGAAAAUGGUGAGCUUGUUUACAAAGGUGUUGUCCUCAAUGAAAUGAAGGGCGUUUUUUCGGAUAGCAACAACCUUUUUGGUACGAAAUUGCAACGUGAGCUUAUGCGAGGCACAAUUUAUGAGCAUGUAAGCGGUGGUGAUCCUGAUGAAAUUCCGUCGCUUACGUAUGAAGAUUUACGCGCUUUUCACACGAAAAACUACCACCCGUCGAAUUGCAUGUUUUUCUCAUAUGGUGACUUGCCGCUUACUGAUCACUUAGCUUAUCUUGAUGAAGAGAUUCUUAGCAAAUUUAAGUACCGUGCUGAUUCUGCGGCUACUUGCGUGGAGACGAAAGGAUUCAGUAUGCUGAAAAAAUACGGUUCGGAGCCGGGACUCAUCGUAGUCAAGGGACCAAGUAGUAACUUUAGCGGUGACGGUGACGACCCUAACACCAAGUUCUGCAUGAGUAAAUUCGUGGACGUGAAGUCGACUGAUUCCUUUACGACUUUCGUGCUAAGAAUCGUGGCUUAUCUUCUGACGAACGGACCUGCAUCUCCGCUGUACAAGUCACUAAUCGACUCGAAUCUUGCUCAAGAUUUCUCAGUGGGUACAGGCUUUGACACAUCUACAUUUUAUCCCACUUUUGGCGUUGGCGUUGAAGGUUUUCAAGGUGGAGAAGCAGCAGUGCCUGCCAUUCGCAGAGCUGUCCAUGACACGCUGGUCAAAGUUGUUGCCGAAGGUUUUGACAAGGAACGAGUGACUGGGAUGCUGCAUCAAUUAGAGCUCAGCUUAAAGCACGUGACUGGCAACUUCGGUCUGCAGCUCAUGCACGGGAUCAGCUCGGCUUGGGCUCACGAUGGAGAUAUCAUUGAAAACCUUCAAUUAAAUCCGUUGUUAGAACGCCUGAAUAAUAACUUGGCUCGUGAUCCCAAGUUCCUUGAAGGAUAUCUUCGCGAUUACUUCAUGCGCGAUGAUUUUCACGUAGUUCAGUUGCUCAUGUUACCUUCAUCGGAUUUCGUCCGCCACCAGGAGCAACGUGAACAUGAAGUUUUAGCAUCAAAACUUUGCCAGUACACGAAUCCUGAUCUGGAUCGCAUAGCUACGGUAACGGAGCAACUUAAGCGUCAUCAGGAGAAAGAGCAACCAAUCGAUUGUCUCCCCACUUUGAGUCUGUCCGAUAUCCCGCGUGUGAAGGAAGAUAAUUUUGAUUUCACUGACCAAAUCAUGCUCAAUUCGACGUCCGCGGAGUUCACGCGGGUGCCAUCUACCAAUGAGAUAACGUACCUGCGCUUUUUGUUUGACUUGAAUGCGUUGCCGCACGAAUAUCAUCGGUAUAUUAGUGUAUUUACAUUAGUGUUUGGAUCCCUUGGUACUUCGCGAUACGCCUAUGAUGAACUUCCUACUUUGAUUGCAAAUUGCAGCGGUGGUGUUUCGUGUUCAGCUAUGAUAGCACCAUCCCUCACCAAUGUCCAUACCGACCCGAGCAAGCAAUCACUUCUAUUGAGCACUAUGUGCCUUCCUCACAAAAUCGACGAAACCCUUAGUUUGUUGCUUGAGUUGCUUAUGGACACACAAUUUCUGAGCGAUGAGAAUUUGCGUCAGAUACGUCUCAUAUUACAAAGCAGUGCAUCAAGUGCUAGUAGCAGCAUUUCUUCUUCUGGUGCAACUCUGGCUGGAAUACGCUCCCGACUGGGUCUAACUCCUGCAGGCGUGUACGAAGAAUUAUAUAAUGGCCUGACACAGAUUGAGCAACUUCAGAAAUGGGCACAUUGCUCAGAUCAAGAGCUGCACCACAUUGCUACGGUAUUCCGAGACAUUGCGCGCAUGGCGUUCGUACCCGGAAAUCUGCGUCUUUCGAUUGUGACGGAGGACAAGUUGCGCCAUCAAGUAGAGCAAUCUCUCACGACAAAAUUGCUUCAGCCACUCGAUAAGUCCUCUAUGAUACAAGACGAGGCCUUGUCCACUCUACCAAAUGUAGAAUUUGAGCAACCAAUUGCGCUAACAAAGAACUACUUUGCUUUUCCUGUCUCUGUGAAUUUUGUUGUCGAGACGCAAUCGACGGUGUCAUUUGCCCAUCAAGAUCAUGUACCGUUAACCGUGUUGGCACAAAUCAUGUCGUCUUGUUAUCUACACCAGCGAGUUCGGGAGCAGGGAGGAGCUUAUGGCUCUGCUGUGUCUCAGAACGAGGGAUCAUUCUCGAUGAGCUCGCACUAUGAUCCCAACACAUUCAAGACACUAGAUGUUUACGCUGAUGGACGUCAAUGGGCUGUUGAUGGCCAAUUUUCAGACCGUGAUGUUCACGAAGCAUUAUUGUCGGUCUUUGCGACCCUUGAUGCUCCUAAAACGGCAUCGAUGAAAGGGCGGAUGGGGUUUUUGCGUGGCAUUACAAAUGACAUGCGUCAGCGCCGACGUGAACAAUAUUUGUCUUUAAACCGCCAAGAUCUUAUCAAAGUCGCACAAAAGUAUUUUACAGAUACGUCAACAAAUUGCACUGUAAUUAUUGGCAAGAACGGUGACAAUCUUCACGAAUUUGCAAACAAGGGCUUUAAUGUUCAGAGAUUUCAGUCGCAAGAUUAA